AUGGCGACGAACAAUAUCAGUCAAUUUUCUGGUUCUGAUGGUGCAAUAGUAUUACGCAAACCUCGUAUACCUCCUUUCUUAACGAAGACAUAUGAAAUGGUGGAUGAUCCGAUUACGAAUUCUAUUAUUAGCUGGAGUUUAACUGGUACCAGUUUUAUUAUUUGGGAUCAUAUCAGACUAUGUUCCAAACUUCUACCUCAAUAUUUCAAGCAUGAAAAUCUGUCUAGCUUUAUUUACCAACUCAAUAACUAUGGGUUCAAGAAGAUUGGAUUGCAAAAAUGGGAGUAUGAACAUUAUUGGUUUCAACCAGGGAAGAAACACUUGUUGUCUAACAUAAAGCGACGAAACCAAAACCAGAAAGUUCAAGAACAUUGUUAUCAAGAAAAUUAUUACAAUGGGGUAGAGACAGAGUUGAGGAGCCAGAGAGAUUUCAACGUUACAUUGAUGUCAGAAAUCGAGAAGAUGAAGGAGAAACAAGAUGAUUUGGCUAAUGGAAUCGCUUCGUUGAGGGAAUACUUAGAAAAAUCAGAUGCCAAGUUUAGGAAACUUCUCUUUUUCUUGGCAAGAGGAAUUAAACAAGUUACAAAGAAACGUAAAGUAGAGGAUACAACAUAA